CCCCCCCCCACGCUCCACGUGCCUCCCCUUGAGCCGCAGCCGUUUUAUUUUUAUUUAUUUUUAUGGUAAAAGAUGAGGAGGCUUCCGCAGCCCGGGCGCGCUGGCGGGGAUCCCGCUCCGUCACACGGGCUCUGCCGCACGGCCGGCGCGGUGAGGGCGGCUAAACCAAGCGUGUGUUCGCGGUGACGGGAACCUCGCGCCGAUACGGGACCGCAGCCAGAGGCGACCAUGAGCCCUCCCCGCCGAUCAUCGAGCCCCCCCCGCCGAUCCUCCGGCUCCCACGAUGACAGGCCCCCCGCUGAGACCCCGCAGAGGAACAACAGCAGCAACUCCGGCGUCGUUCUGGACAUCUCGGCUCUCAAGAUGGCGGAGGUGGACACGGAGGUGCCCCCUCUCCCGCCCCGAUAUCGCUUCAGGGAUUUGCUGCUGGGGGACCAGACCUUUCAGAAUGAUGACAGGUAUCAGGAGGAAUACAGUAUGGACUCGACCAAUGCCCAGGUGCAGGUGGAGUUCUAUGUGAAUGAAAACACCUUCAAGGAGAGGCUGAAGCUCUUUUUCAUCAAAAACCAAAGGUCAAGCCUGAGAAUCCGCUUGUUCAACUUCUCCCUGAAGGUUCUCACCUGUGCCCUGUACAUACUGCGGGUCAGCCUGGAUGAUCCCAACGGCGUCAACGGAGACCCAUGUGCAAUAUGUCGGAGUAACAACAAUACUGCAGCCUCGGGAGACAUCAACUGGUCGUUGAUUUUCUGGGUUACCAGACGGGAACCUGUAUGGGCGAUACAGGUGACAGUGGCCUUAAUCAGUUUCUUGGAGACGAUGCUCAUCACAUAUCUCAGCUACAAGGGGAACAUUUGGGAGCAGAUCUUCCAAAUAUCCUUCAUAUUGGAGAUGAUCAAUUCAGUGCCAUUUAUAAUCACGAUCUUCUGGCCUCCAUUGAGAAACAUAUUCGUCCCGGUGUUUCUUAACUGCUGGCUUGCCAAAGGUGCCCUGGAGAACAUGAUCAACGACUUCCAUCGCGCCAUCCAGAGGACCCACUCCGCCAUGUUCAACCAGGUGUUCAUCCUCAUCUGCACACUAUUCUGCCUGGUUUUCACUGGAGCUUGUGGGAUCCAGCACCUAGAGAGAGCGGGGAAGCACCUGGGCCUGUUUGACGCCUUCUAUUUCUGCAUCGUCACCUUCUCCACCGUGGGCUACGGGGACGUCACCCCACAGAUCUGGCCCUCCCAGCUGCUGGUGGUCAUUCUCAUCUGCGUGGCGCUGGUGGUGCUCCCACUGCAGUUCGAAGAGCUGGCGUACUUGUGGAUGGAGAGCCAGAAGUUGGGUGGAAACUACAGCCGCCACCGCGCGCAGACGGAGAAACAUGUGGUGUUGUGCGUCAGCUCGCUGAAGAUCGACCUGCUGAUGGAUUUCCUCAACGAGUUCUACGCUCACCCGAGGCUGCAGGACUACUACGUGGUGAUCCUGUGUCCAACGGAGAUAGACAUUCAGGUUCGCCGUAUCCUCCAGAUCCCCCUGUGGUCCCAGAGGGUCAUCUACCUGCAGGGAUCCGCCCUCAAAGACCAGGACUUGAUGAGGGCCAAGAUGGACGACGCCGAGGCCUGCUUCAUCCUCAGCAGCAGGAACGAGGUCGACCGAACUGCCGCUGAUCAUCAGACUAUUUUAAGGGCUUGGGCUGCAAAAGAUUUUGCUCCAAACUGCCCUCUCUACGUCCAAAUUCUCAAACCAGAAAAUAAAUUCCAUGUUAAGUUUGCAGAUCACGUGGUGUGUGAAGAAGAGUUCAAGUACGCCAUGUUGGCGCUGAACUGUGUGUGUCCCGCCACGUCCACCUUAGUCACACUCCUAGUUCACACCUCCAGAGGACAGGAGGGGCAGUUGUCACCGGAGCAGUGGCAGCGGAUUUAUGGGCGCUGCUCUGGAAACGAGGUCUACCACAUCCGCCUGUGUGACAGCAAGUUUUUUGGGGAGUACGAUGGAAAGAGCUUCACCUACGCCUCCUUCCACGCCCACAAGAAGUACGGUGUGUGUUUGAUCGGAGUGAAGCGGGAGGACAACAAGAGCAUCCUCCUCAACCCGGGCCCCCGCCACAUCAUGGCGGCGGCGGACACCUGCUACUACAUCAACAUCACCAAGGAGGAGAACUCGGCCUUCAUCUUCAAAGAGGAGGAGAAGCACAACAAGGGCCUGUCCGUCAGCGGCCUCUACGACGCCCCCUGCAGGCUGCCCGUGCACAGCAUCAUCGCCAGCAUGGUUGAUCAGGCCACUGCAUAUGGCACGGUGGCCAUCGACCUCCAGAACCCGGAUCCGCCCGAGGAGAGCGGCAAGCUGACGCUGCCGACGGAGAACGGCUCCGGCAGCCGCAGGCCGAGCAUCGCGCCCGUCCUGGAGAUCGCCGACUCCUCCGCCAUUCUGCCCUGCGACCUCCUCAGCGACCAGUCGGAGGACGAGACCAACCAGUCGGACGACGAGGGCUCCGUGGCGCCCGACUUUGUGAAGGGCUACCCUCCCAACUCGCCCUACAUCGGCAGCUCUCCAACCCUGUGCCACCUGCUGCCCCAGAAAGCUCCAUUCUGCUGCCUCCGCCUCGACAAGGGCUGCACACACAGCAGCUUCGUGGACGCCAAAGCGUACGGCUUCAAGAACAAGCUGAUCAUAGUGUCCGCGGAGACGGCGGGAAACGGCCUCUACAAUUUCAUCGUCCCGCUGCGUGCGUACUAUCGGCCCAGGAAGGAGCUCAACCCCAUAGUGCUGCUGCUGGACUACCAACCGGACAAUCACUUCUUGGAGGCCAUUUGCUGCUUCCCAAUGGUUUACUUCAUGGCGGGCACAAUCGAUAACUUGGACAACCUGCUUCAGUGCGGCAUCAUUUACGCCGACAACCUGGUGGUCGUGGACAAGGAGAGCACCAUGAGCGCCGAGGAGGACUACAUGGCGGACGCCAAGACCAUCGUCAACGUGCAGACCAUGUUCAGGUUGUUCCCCAGUCUCAGCAUCAUCACGGAGCUCACGCAUCCCUCCAACAUGAGGUUCAUGCAGUUCCGAGCCAAGGACUGCUACUCGCUCGCUCUCUCCAAACUGGAGAAGGUGGAGCGGGACAAGGGCUCCAACCUGGCCUUCAUGUUCCGCCUCCCGUUCGCCGCCGGCAGAGUGUUCAGCAUCAGCAUGUUGGACACGCUGCUUUACCAGUCGUUCGUUAAGGACUACAUGAUCGGCAUCGCGAGGCUGCUCCUCGGCCUGGACACCACGCCCGGCUCUGGGUACCUGUGCGCUAUGAAGAUCACCGAAGAGGAUCUGUGGAUCAGGACUUACGGCAGACUCUUCCAGAAGCUCUGUUCCUCCAGCGCCGAGAUCCCCAUCGGCAUCUACCGCACAGAGUCGCACAUGUUCGCCACCUCGGAGGGCAAAGACAGUAACGCACAGUCUCAGGUGUCCAUAAACACGCAACAAGGCGAGGAGCCCCGCGAGCGCGGCGAGCCCUGGAAGGAGAAGGCGGCCCACCGCAACUCCACCGCCAGCGACCAGUCGGAGCACCCGCUGCUGAGGAAGAAGAGCAUGCAGUGGGCGCGGCGGCUGAGCAGGAAGACCAACAAGCCGUCCAGCAGAGCGGAGCGCAUCUCGCAGCAGAGACUCAACCUGUACCGACGCUCGGAGCGCCAGGAGCUGUCCGAGCUGGUCAAGAACCGCAUGAAGCACCUGGGCCUUCCCACCGUGGGAUACGAGGAUGUUUCUAAUCUCACUGCGAGCGAUGUCAUGAAUCGAGUAAAUCUAGGAUAUUUGCAAGAGUUGCAGGACAUUUCAGAGCACCCGUAUACAGAGGGGACCAGGCCACCAGGGCCACAAGCAGAAUCUGUUGGACUGACAGCCAGACGAGGAAACGAGCGUCCUUUGUCCACACCCGGAGACGAGAUGAACGACCACCAGAACACGCUGUCCUACGUCCUCAUCAACCCCCCCCCGGACACCAUGCUGGAGCUCAACGACAUUGUGUACAUCAUCCGGUCCGACCCGCUGGCUCACAUGCCGGACGACUCGCAAGGAGGGGGGCCGGCGCCGCCCGGCUCCAGGAACCGGCAGGACUUUGGCACAGAGACCAGAGACGAGACUCACCUCUGAAGGUCUGGACCGAGAACGCGCACCGUGGGUCUCCCAACCUCACGUGAGAAAAUAAAAAGAUUGAUUAAAAAAAAAGAAAAAAAAAGGUCCUGCCGUUUCCCCACCGAGCCGCUGAUGGAGGAUGCAUGAAGAGUGCCUCGCCAUCGCCCCCCCCCUCCCUCCCUCGCACGCCGCCAUCACGCGUCACCGGGCACAGGACGCGGCUCCCUCCCUCUAACCGAAGGUCAAAAGGUCAAACAAACUUAACACACCCAAACAGGAUAUCCAAUCAUUUCACUCAGGGGUGACGUCGUCCUCGCGGACCAACUUCCUCUUUGCCCGAACGGGCAAAGGACUGAAUCUCUUGUUUCAGUGCAUUACUUUUCUCUGUUUCUAAUCUGAAAGGAUUUAGAUAUUAUUUAUGAGCACAAAUCUUUUUACGACACUGUCGUUGUGAAUAUACGCACAGUAGGGCCCGUUUAGCCAUAUUAGUAUUGUCACAGUUCUCUUUCUUGUGCUGUUUUGGACACUGAUUUUUUUUAUUUUUGUGAUUGUAAAACAAUAUUGUUAAUUUGUGUCCCAAUUUUUUGUAAUUCUUUGCUUUCUCAAAUCUUCUAUACAGUAUGUGCCAUCAUUUUCAUUACUGUUAUGGAAAUAUCUUUUAAAUUAUUUUUUGAGUUUUUGCCAUUUUGCAUGUUUUGUGAUAUCGGUGUUUUAUUUUUUGAUCCUUACAGAUUUAUUGGCUGAUCAGAUAUUAGCAGCUGAUUUUGGUUUAUCAAAUAUAGGAUUGGCUGAACAGGUCUCGCUGGGUAUUUUAACAAAAAAAAAAAAAAAAAUUAUUCUGAAAAUGUCACGUUUGCCAAAAACCCAUUCUGCAUUAUUUAAUGUAUACUUAGUCUUAGUCUUUUUCAUUAGAUUAUCUUCAGAAUAAUCUUGAUUUAUCUGUUUGUUUUGCCAUUUAUGUAUGCAAGUAUAAAAUGCCAGUCAGAUUUAAAGGAAUUGCUUGAAAUUGUGGGAAAUAAGUGUACUUGCCACCUUGCAGGGAGUUUGAUGAGAAGCUUGACGCUGCCGUCGCUGCACCUCUAGUUGACUAAAUCUGUACAACAUGCUAAUAGCAGGCAGAUUGCUGUUCCUUCCGGCGUUUAUAAAGCUAGCAGCCCUUCUUCUUCUUCUCACUUAACUCUCUGAACUAUUCUGACGGCCCACAGGUCAAAUGUAGAAAAUCCAGGAUUUUUAUUGAUUUUGUCUUUAAAUUUAACCUAUUUCAAGUUGCUGUUAGACAGUCAUUCAUUCAUGUUGUCCAGCUGAAACCAAGCGCUGUGCUCUCCCCCGUGAGCUCGCGCACAAGGCCGUGGCAGCGUGCAGUAUUUCUCCUUGAGUAAGAAACUUGACUUUUUUGGUCUCUUCCGUGUGACGAAAGUGAAAAAAAGGGACUUGAACACUUUUUUUUUUUUUUUUUGCACUAAGCUCUUGGGUGGAGGUGUAGAGCGUGAAAGCAUGACCCUUUAAUCCCUUCAACACGGGGGACGGCGCUCAACUAUUCCUGUGAAGACGAGUCCAACGCGCAGAAACACGUCAUGCUUUUGUUUUGUUAUUUAAAGAAAUAUGAAGAGACACUUGUGAUAAUGAACUAACCUCAGAUUUUGUUUUGUUGGACUGUAUUGUUAUUUUUUUCUUUUUGCAAAGAGCGAUAGAGCUGUUGAUCUUUGCUCAGCGGCCCUCUAGAAGUGUCUGUUUACAGGGCAGGAGAGCUGAGGAGUGAAAGCGGGAGCGACCUGGAUGGAAGAUGAACUCCCCGAACGUCUUCGUUGGUUCUUUACUCCUGUCGGAUCUCAUCACUCCACAAAGCGUCAAUACUUACAAUAUCACAAAUGGCAUGUUAACUCUAAACAGCAUGUUUUGAUGUACAAGCUUGCCAUGAACGAUCCAUUUUGUACAUUUCGAGGGAUGUCUUAUGGCUGGAGAAACCCAUAAUCAACUGCUUGCAAGUUGGGCCCAUUAUUUGAUACUGUGUAUUUAUAUGAAUGGAACAUGCAUGUUGUGCCCAGGUGUUAUCAAAAGCCUAUAUGUAUUCUGUUUACCUCCACUUUGUGUUUUGAAGUCAUUAUCAAAAAGGGGUUGAUCCAUUUUGUACUAUUUCUUAUGAGGCGCGAGUGUACUUCUCGACGUAUAACAGAUGAACAAAUAAAUGCUGCAUGCAGCCAGAUACGAAAUGAA